UGCACGUUGGUACCUCCCUGUAUACGCAGCUCACUGUUGUGCAGGUGUUUUGCAUAAGGGAGAUCCUCGUUUUUCAAGACGCUACCCGAAGUCAUGGCUGACCAGGUGGCCGCCAUGUGUGAUCAGCUUAUCAAAGCUCUGAAUGUGAUGAUGGAUGCAGAAACAGGACAAGUUUACCGACUGGAGGCCCUAAAGUUUUGCGAGGAGUUUAAAGAGACAAGCUCCUUCUGUGUCCCAUGUGCCUUGCAAUUGGCUGACAAAGCCCAGCCAGCUGUUGUAAGACACUUUGGUUUACAAAUCCUGGAACACGUAAUCAAGUUCAGAUGGAACAACAUGCCACAACAAGAGAAGGUCCAGUUGAAGGAAUGUGCCAUGCACCUGUUAGCAACUGGUACUCAUUCUAUCCUAGAGGAAGAGAGCCACAUCAAAGAUGGCCUGUCACGAAUCACUGUGGAAAUGAUAAAGAGAGAAUGGCCUCAACAUUGGCCAGAUAUGCUGAAAGAGAUGGAGGCUCUCACUAGCAACGGGGAGGCACAGACAGAGUUGGUGAUGUUGAUCCUGCUGAGACUGGCGGAGGAUGUGAUCACUUUCCAGACGUUGCCAACCCAGCGACGCAGAGACAUCCAGCAGACACUCACCCAAAACAUGGAAAGCAUCUUCAGCUUCAUGAUGGCCAUUCUGCAUCUUAAUGUGGAGGAAUACCGCAAACUGAAAGGGUCUUCCGGACAUGAACUGCAGGCCAGGGCUCACUGCAGAGUUGCUGUGGCUACGCUGAAUACACUCGCAGGCUACAUAGACUGGGUGUCUCUGGUGCACAUCACCUCCGGUAACUGUCAUCUACUGGAGAUGUUGUGUUUACUGCUGAGUGAACCGGAGCUGCAGCUGGAGGCAGCAGAGUGUCUGCUCAUCGCUAUCAGUCGGAAGGGCAAGCUGGAGGAUAGGAAGCCCUUCAUGCUGCUGUUUGAUGAUGUGGCCAUCCACUACAUACUUUCUGCAGCCCAAUCGGCAGAUGGUUUGGCAAUAUGUAUGAAAUCCUCUGAAUCACAAGCAGUGGAGGUGGUGGAACGACGCUACAUCUUCCUGAAGAGGCUGUGUCAGGUGCUGUGCGCUCUGGGAGGCCAGCUCUGCUGUUUAGUGGGUUCAGAUGUAGAGGUUGAAGUACCUGCAAAUCUCAGCAAGUACAUUGAAGCCCUUUUAGCCUUCACUACACAUUCCAGUCAGUUUCUGAAGAAAACCACCCUGCCUACUUGGGGAGCUUUGUUCAGACACGAGACUCUGUCUAAGGACGCAGUAGUUGUAGAGAUGGCCACCAAAUUCCUCCGAACGUCUAUGACCAACCUAGUCAAGGCUGGAUUUCCAUCUAGAAACGAUAACCCAAGUUGCCAGUACUCCUGUGUGGACUUUGACAGUGACGAGGACUUUAAUUUCUUUUUCAACUCUUAUCGAGCGCAGCUGGGACUGGUGGUGAGGUUUGCAUGUCGCAUUGUCCCUCUGGAGGCUUUCCAGAUAGCAUCAGAAUGGCUACAGUAUCAGAUCAGCAGCCCUAUUGAUACUGGGGCUAUCACAUCUAAGACUGCAGAGGGCCUGUGCUCCCUCCUGUCUCCAUCAGUGGUGCAGUGGGAUGCAAUGACCGUGUUCAUGGAGUGUAUGGCCACACAGAUCUUCAAAAAUGUAGCGGAGGAGAAGUUGCCCAUAGAUCAGAGCAUGGAGCUGGUGCAAGCCGUGCUGAACUACGACACCAAAGACCCGCUCAUCUUGUCCUGUGUCCUCACCAACGUCUCUGCCCUCUUCCCGUUUGUCAUACAUAGACCGCACUUCCUGCAACAGGUCCUCUACAAGCUGUUUAAAGCAGUCACAUUUGAAGUUGGUCAGGAAACUAAGGCACCUCGGUCCCGAGCUGUGAAGAACGUGAGGAGGCACGCCUGUUCUUCAGUCAUCAAAAUAUGCAGGGACUACCCUAGGGUCCUCUUGCCUUGUUUUGACAUGUUUUACAAUCAUGUGAAGAAGCUGUGCUCGAGCCUAGCCACGCUCUCUCAGGUGGAAAGUUCGCUAAUGGAGGCUCUGGUGCUCAUCAGUAACGAGUUCAAAGACUUCGAAAAGCAGAAGGCUUUUAUAGACGAACUGAUGGCUUCAGUGGUUGCAGACUGGACCUCGGAGGAGAUGAGGCAUUUGCUUUCCAACCCUGCCGUGUACCUGUCCUUUGUUGGGGCCGAUCAGGUUGUCACUGAGCAGAAUAAAGAUGCAGGCACAACUGGACAUAAUAGAGGGAGGCUGAGUUUCUGCUUGUAUGCCAUGAUGGGGGUGGUGAAGCGGGUGCGCUGGCCCGCCGACCUGGAGGAAGCCAAAGCUGGUGGCUUUGUGGUGGGCCUCACCCCCGCAGGAGCUCCCAUCUACAGAAACCCCUGCACUGCCCAGUUUCUGGCCUUUCUGCCCAACCUGCUGGUUCUAAUCAGGACUCAAAACAGUCUGUUCACACCGGAGAACAUGGCUCGUCUGAGUGAGACCUUCUCCAGGGCGCAUGAUGUGAUGGACGCAGAGAAAAAUGUGGUUCUUGGUCUCACUCAGAACCUUCUGGACAUUUAUGACUCUGCUGUGUAUAGAACCAGCCUGGAGCGAAUGCAGGGAUUCUUUUCCACAUUGUAUGAUAACUGCUUCCAUAUCCUAGGAAGCGCAGGUGUUUCCCUGCAGCAGGAGUUUUACACCAUUGAGAGGUUGAGUGAAGAAAUAGCUGGCUCUGCUUUUUCCUCCCUGGACCAUAUGCCGGACCACAGACUUCGCCCUAUGAUUCGGGUGUUUCUGAGGCAGUUGGUGCUAUCAUGUCCUCAGGAGUACUACAACAGUCUACUGUGCCCCCUGCUGGGACCUCUGUUUGCCUACAUGCAGCAGAGACUCAAUGCCAAGUGGCAGGUCAUCAGCCAGAGGACCUCUGUCAAUGGUGAGGAUGAGGAGGUGGUGUGUCAGGAGAGCCAUGUGACGCAGGAGAUGUUGGAGGAGCAGCUGGUCCGCCUGCUCACCAGGGAGGUGCUGGAUCUUCUCUUUGUGAGCUGCAUUUCCAAAAAAGGAAAUGAACCGGCAGCAGAUAAAGAGGAAAUAGAUGAGGAAGACAUGAUGAUGGAUUCAGCGCAUACGGCGUCUCCUGCCCAGCCCACAGACGAGCUGAGUGAGCUGGGAAAACACCUGAUGAAACACGAGAACAUCUACAUGAACAUGUUGACCCUCUCCUUUACCUCCCUGUCGUGGAGGGACACCACCAACUGUCACCGCACUGCUUCCAUGGUCUGCUGGACUCUUCUGCGGCAGGUUGUAGGGGGUAAUCUUCUCCCUGAGGCAGUCACAUGGUUUUACACCAGCGUUCUCAGGGCCCUUCAGGUUCACGGGCAGCAUGAAGUCUGCAACUCUACCCUAUCUCAGCUGGCCAUGCACAUCUAUGAAAACCUGCGAGCUCGCUAUCCAGAGCUGAGAGCAGUGAUGACCCAGAUCCCAAACAUAAGUGUGGAGGCUCUGGACCAGUAUGAUCACCGGCUCUUGGACCCUAAUGCCCAAAAGGUUGGAGACAAGAAGAGGAAAGACCAGUUCAGGAAGCUCAUCGAAGGAACCGUUGGGAAAGCUCUGUGCCAGCAGUUCAGGAAGGAGGUUCAUAUCCGGAAUCUUCCAUCGCUCUAUAAAAACCCGAAGCCGGACAAGGAUAUAGUGCUGAACAGUGAAGCAACAGGCCUGGAAGCUCUCUUUGCACCGGAGAAGAAUACCCUGUAGGAACACAGUGGUUCUAAUGGACUUCAUACUGACUGCAGAGAGUUAUGUGUACAAACAGGGGUUUCCGUCACUUUCCUCCAGCUGGGGCAGUGCGGCUCUCCCUAACAUGACUGUCCACACUUCUGUUUCUCAAUAGGUCAUCUUUAUUUUACCAUUGAUGUACCACAACACCAGUCAUAAAAUCGUCUCACCAGUAAUUUGUGCAAGCAAGUAUAUAACUGUAGAUUCCUUUUUAAAUCCUAUUGCAAAAACAUUUUGUCUUGAUUCCUUUACUCGUACCAAUUAAUGUGGUAUGGAAGAAGUAGUAGUAAGGAUUUUAUAUUAAAGUAUGUUUCUUUGUCGUAUUGUGGGAAGAGACAAUCUCAAAAUAGCAUACUAACCAUUAUUUUAUCUUCAGCAGAAGCUUAAUUGAGCCACAAAACUAUUUUCUAACAGGAUGAUUUAGCCAUUUCACUUUGGACCUAUUUCAUUGUGGUGCCGUUAUUUGCUCAAUGACGAGCAUCAUGCACACUAAUCAUGUCCGAUGUAUAGGACUGUGGUAUCAGACAGCAAGAAUUCAGCUGUGGUUUGACAUUUAAAAUAGAAAUUGGCAUCUAAUGAUACAUAAAAAAGGUGUGUGUGUGUGUGUGUGUGUGUGUGUGUGUGUGUGUGUGUGUGUGUGUGUGUGUGUGUGUGUGUGUGUGUGUGUGUGUGUGUGUGUGUGUGUGUGUGUGUGUGUGUGUGUGUGUGUGUGUGUGUGUGUGUGUACUUUUUUUGUAAAACAAAUUCUGAUGUUAGUGUUAGCAGAUAUGUUGUGCAACCACGCUGGUGCUGUCGAGGCUGGUCCAGAAGAAGAAACAUUUAGGAUUUUUUUUUUGGCAUAAUUUCGUUUGACCCGACAACCUUGAAUGCCAUGCCUCUGAUUCUGAAAGAAUACUGAAAGGUACCUCAUAUACAAUGCUCCCUUAGAUGGGGUAAACAUGCAUCAUAGGAACAUACCAUAAGAAGAAAAGUAAUUAUGAACAUUUUUUUUUAGUAUGCAGAUAUUACACAGCAGUUGUUUUAGGCAACGAUUGGUUUUUUGUUGCUUUUUUUUAAAGCAGGCAUGUAUGAUACUACAAAUGUUGUUCCAACACCUGUUUGACCAACGUGACCAUACAAUCAUUUCUGAGAAACAACAAGAUAUAGUUUUCAUAAAGAUUGUUUAUGGAUGAACUCAACAAAUAAUGUGUAGCUAAAUCCAAGUCUUUGUUUUUUUCCCAACUGUAUUUGGUGAUGAUUUUUCGUUUUCUCAUAUGUGUUUUUGUAUCUGUACAUUUACCAACAUUUAGAAUGCUAAACAUAAAAAAGAAAUGGUGAACCAGCCAUACAUUCCUCCAUUUUCAAGGGAUUGUUUAAAAUCAUGAUUUGGUGGAUGUAUUUUACUCUUAUAGAGCUGCUAUGCUAGAUAUGAUGAGAACUGAGUUGGGAAGAUUCAGUCCAAAAAUAAAUGCGAGAUAUUUCGGCUUUGAGUGAGCCCCUUUUGAAUGCAUAGACUGGAUUAUUUACUGAAAACGGGUUCACAUCCUACUUCCCCAGUGAAAUUAAAAAUGAGUGAAGCUUGGAUGUCCAAUGAUUUGAUUUUCCUGUCUUUGUGAUGAUUGUGUACAUACAGUCAUUUAGAAAAAGUACUCAACACUAACAUGUUCUGUGCAAAGGGCAAAAGCAUUGUUUUUUUUGGAGUUUUUUUAAAGUCUAGUGUGGUUUAUUCUUUGUUUCAUUUUUAAAUAAAUGAAUCAAUAUUGAUCUUGA